AUGCCUGAAAUUUGGUGUACUACUUGCAAUGCCUAUGUCAAUCCCGAACAAGGAGCUACUUCUGGACUUUACUGUGGUGAAUGCGGAGAGGAAUUGGAGGGUUUUUCCUUUGAAGAAGGAAUUGAAUUUAAUGAAGAUCACACAAUGGCUGGACAUUUCAUUUCAACAGAACGAGCUGCUGCGAGUGCAGCAACGGCUUUGGCAGGCGUUCCACAAUUUACCUAUGACGAGAAUGGAAAAUUGGUAUUUUCGUCAGCCGUGCCACAAUCGACCACAUCAGACUUGGAUCAACCCAUGACAGAGAGUCGACUUCAAACCAUUGAAAAAGCAAAGAAAAGAAUUGCAUCCAUUGCACUCAUGAUGAAAAUUCCCAAUCAUUAUAUUGAUAGAGCCACCAAUACAUACAAAUUGGCCUUAUUGAAAGGUUGCACCAAGUCGAGAAAUCCAGAAAUUGUUGCCGCUGCAUGCUUGUACUUUGUACUACGUCAGGACAAGCAACCAUUCAUGUUAAUGGAUUUUUCAGAGGCCAUGAAAACGGACGUCUUCUUAAUUGGACAUUGUUUUUUAGAUUUGAUGAAUGCAUUGAAUUUUAAAUUACCCACUGUGGAACCAUUCUUUUAUGUGAGAAGAUUUGCGAAUCGACUCUUACUCAACUCGAUCAAGGAAAAUCAAACACAACACCAACACCAAGAGGCAAUCAAUAGAGUCAUUCAAACCACGCUAAAAUUAAUUGCAAGCAUGAAGAGAAAUUGGAUUCAAACAGGACGAAGACCUGCAGGUAUUUGUGCAGCCGCCUUGCUUGUUGCUGCUCGAAUUCAUGGCUUUAAAAAUGUUUCCAAGCAAGAUGUUGUCAAAGUUGUAAAAAUUUGUACAGUCACGCUCACCAAACGUUUAAUGGAAUUUGACAAGACAGAGACUGCACAACUCUCCUUUGAUGAAUUUGAAAAACGAGAACAAGAAAUUAAUAAUGGUACCUUCCAAGGAACGAUUGAAGUUUUGGAUCCUCCAGCCUAUUCGAAAUCUCUCAAGGAAAAGAUGAAACUUUUGGAACGAGACAAAAGUAGAGACAAGGAGUCCUCUCUGUCCGAUGCUGAAUCUGUAAUGUCGUCACAGAGCGAUACUCUUUUCACAGAUGUCAACGAUAAGGAUGUUGAAGAGGCCGAACAACUCAUGCAAGACAAGGAUAUUGAACAAAUUACAACAGAACUUGAAAAGGGAGAUCAAUUUGCUCGAAAAGAACGUGAAAAGGCAAAGAAAUUGGCCGAAUCAACCCCUGUGAUUAAUACUCCUCCAAAUUCUUCUCAACAACAGACAGUAUUGACCUUAACAAAUACAAGUGUGGAUAAAAGCUCAGAUGACAAGAACCUUGAAGAAGCUCACAAUGAAGAGUUUGAUGAAUUUGAAAAUGCUUUUGAUGAUCACGGUGAUCGAAGUAAAAAGACACAACUCCAGACCAAUAAUAAUCGAGGAGAUGAUACAAUUUCACAGACGACACAACAACAAACAGUUCAGCCGCAAGAAGAACCACCUGAAGAAGAAAUUGACACACUCUCUGAUUUUGAAGAUGACUCUGAAAUUGAAGAAGUAGUGAUCACGGAAGACUCAGAAAUUGAGAGUCGAGAAAAGUUGUGGGAUGAGCUUCAUUUAGAGUAUGUACAAAUGAUGGAAGAAAAUAGAAAGGAGAAGGAGGAAAAGAGAAAACAAGGCGGUGGCAGAAGGCGAAGAACAGCUGGAGCUGCACAUGCUGUAGAUGCCUCCUCUGGGUCAAUCUAUAAUAUGGGAGGAUUAUUAUAUGGAACUCAACCCAAUGUUUCUCAAGUUGAAAGUCAUGCUGUCUACAGAAGUGCUUCAGAAGCUUCUGCCAAUUUACUUCGAGCCAAAAUUGCCCGUAAUCUCGUUUCCAAGUCUCUCUUUGAUGAGGAUGAACUUAUUAGUGACACACAGAAAAAUCAAACUGUGGACGAUAUUCAUUUGGAUGAAGAUACCGAUGACUACAGCACGUCCAAUCGCUCAGUGCUAGGAAAAAGAGCAACACAAAGUAUUCAAGAAAAGAACAAAAUUGAUCGAAGAAAUGAAAAUGAAUUUACUGAUGAAUUUGAGGAUGAAUUCGGCGAAGAGGAAGCAACAACCACUAUUUCAACUAAAAAGUAUAAGGCUCGGUAA